AUGUCGAACCGUUCCGACGACUCGUUAGAUCCGCUUUUCCACUACGAGCCGAGCCGUAUAGACGCCGAGGCGACGGGUGCGAUGGAUUCUUCCGAGGCGUCUGCUUCGCCGAGCCGUUCUCACCAUUCAUCUGACGAGGCGUCAAAUGAUGAAAACCCAUCAGAUGUCGGCUCUCCGGAUGGCGAGUCGUCGGUUUCGACGAGCCGUCCCCAGGAUCUCGUUCCUAACAAGGGCAUUAACAGAGCCGCGCUCAAGGCCGAGGAGGAGGCAUUUCCCUUUGAUCUUUUCGAGGCGAAGCUUGAGUUGGAACGCCUCAUGGCGUCUCGAGGUGCUUCCACAUCUGGGCGAGCGCCGAGAGUUAAGAGGCAAAAACCCGACCCGCCUGGGUCUACACUCUGCUCCCUUGAGUCGCUCGAAGCGUUGAGGCAUCGCUUCGGAAUAUCCGAGGCGGUGGAGUUCGUUGUCCCAGAGAAAAGCGACCGCGCCGACAACCCUCCAGAGAAUCAUUUCACUCUGUACGAGGCGUUCUUUGAGCUUUGCUUCCUCUGGUUCCCAAUCCCCGGAGUGAUCCUCGAAUACCUUUGGAAACACGGGAUCUCGAUCGGGCAGAUCAUGCCGAGGGGACUGCGGCAUAUGAUCGGCAUUUUAGUCCGAAGCUUCGAAUGCGGUCUUGACAUUGAGCUGAACCACCUGCUGAACUUGCUGGAAAUCAGGAAGGCUCCGAAAGGAAACAGGUUCUAUAUUUCCAACAAGGCGAAACGACGGAUUAUCGGCGGUUUUCCCAGCAAGGACCAGUCCUGGACUGAACGCUUCUUCUACGUUUUAGUGAACGAGGCGUCGGUCGGCGAGGAUUACGUUUGCCGAGCCAAGACCGCUUGGGGACCACUUGUUCGGUGCUAUCUUCCCCCGAUUCCCGACGAUCUGUUCACCGUUCGAGACUCUCUUUCGGCGAGGAAGGUUAACUGGAGAAAGAAUUUCACCCUCGAGAGAGUAGAGAAGGCGCGAGCCAUUCUUGCAGGAGUUCCCGUCAGCUCUUCAUCCUCCAGUUCCUCCAGAGAUACCCGCGAAAAGAUGGUGAUCUUAACCCUCCGAGAAAGGAAGAGACGCGAACAGGAAGAAGCUGCUAGACGAGCUGCCGAGGCGGCUCGGGCGCUGGCUGAGGUGGUUCCGGCGCAAGCCGAGGUGGUUUCGGCGCAAGCCGAGGCCACCCAUCAAACUGACCCGCCGAACCGGGAUGAAACGACCCGAGCUGCGGAGGGAAAUACAACCGAGGUGGUCGAGAGAGAUGUGGCGCCCGAGGUGGAACAGGGCGAAAUUGUUCCCGAGGCGUCUGGGGGCGAUUCGGCGGUUCGGAACAAAGAGCCUUCGAACUCCGCUAUUCUAGCCCUCCCGAAGUCGACGAGGCCCCCGACUUCCGUCGUGCAGAAACACGACCCGAGCCGAAAACGUUCGGCUGCUGAUAAAGGGAAGGGGGUCGCUGUUGAGAGGGACGAGCCGUCCAAGAAGAGACGGAAGCCGACGCCCGGAGAAUCCGCCGCGCGUAAGUUGGUCGUCGAUGACCCCGACGCCUCCGCCAUAAUGUUCUUGCGUGUAAAUAACGCGAACACGCGUCUUCCUCCUCCGGAGAAGUUGAGGAGGCCGAGGUCCUACGGCGCAAUGGCGCAGCGCGGGACCAAGGAACAUUCCAUUUUGCUUUCCUUUGCUUUCUUUGUCGCGGCCAUUAACGACCUAAUGGCCGAGUACGAGGCGGACCUGUCUAAGGUCGAACGUCGCUUGGCCGAGGCCAAAAUUGAGUCCGCAUCGUCGAAAACGAAGCUGGAAGAGGCUCAGACCGAAACCGCGGCGGUAAAGGGGAAACUGGACGAGGCGACGGCCAGGGCGUCCAGGCUGGAAGAGGAGAAGAUCGUUCUGCGUGCAAACGUAGAUAAAGUCUCCGCCUCGAUCAUUCGCCUUGAGGAGGCGAGGAGAGCCAAAAGUGCCGAGGUGGCGAUGCUGAAGAGGCGUAUCGAGGCCAAGGAUGCCUUGUUUGAUGCUAAGGUCAAGAGGGCGAAAAAGGAGGCGAGGCGAGAGCUUACAGCGAAGUUUCAAGAACGCCUCGCCAAGGUGGAGGAGGGUCUGGUUCGGCUUGAAAAAGCCAAAAAUGACGAGAAUGAUCUGGGACAGAUCAAGGGCAAUCUGGCGAUGAUUGCCGACCUGAAGAAACCAGAUGCCCCGACACUCGACGACGAGGAAGCAAAGCUGAAAAGCUGGGAAAGCGAGUAUGCCGACGAAGAGGCGUACGAGCGCAUUGCUUCCGAGAUUCGGGGCGAGCUGUACUAUUCCCCCGUAUCGCCGGACUCGGUCGACACCACCCUCGGGAACGAGCCGCUCGAAGAGACAGCGGCUAACUUAGGUGUGGUGGACCCGAACGGAUCGAACGCGGGCACGCCAGUCCUCUCGAACCUCUUCGCCGAACGUGAGACGCAGUCCGCGGCCUGA